UCUCCCAACCCAUUUUUGUCUCCCACAGACGUUUAUAUUCACAGACUGGGAGGAUCGGGAGCUACGCCUGAAAGCAGGGGAUCAUAUGAUCAACACCAACUGUUCUGCUGUCCAUACCCGGCAAGCUCUCUGCUGCAAGAUGUCUGUGGAAUAUGAUAAAUUCCUGGAAUCUGGGCAAAAAUGGUUUUGUCAUGUGGACGAUGACAACUAUGUGAACCCUCGGACUCUCCUGCGUCUCUUAUCUGCCUUCUCACACAGCCAGGAUGUCUACGUGGGGCGACCGAGUCUGGACCAUCCCAUUGAAGCAGCUGACCAUGUCCAAAGCGAUGGAUCAGCGUUGGAGCCAGCUCCCGGCUGGUAUCAGGUACCGGCGUCGGGACGGCUGCGGCCCAGCCUGAAGGCAGAUCUGCCACCCUGCCAGGCAGCACCGGGGCGCUGGGGUGGACGGGCCUGGCUCUCAAACGGGCCCUGGAAAAUGGCCAAAAACUCUCCUCGAGUAGGAAAGUUGUCGUUAGGUGAAGCCUUAGGAGUACUAACAAGGAGUCGAUGUUGA